AGCUGCUGUCAGACAGCUGUCUGUCUUGUGAUCAAAAAUCUAAAUUUCAGCGUAAUUUUCGAAUAUUUUAAUAAUUUCUAUAUAUUUAUUUAUUAUUAAAAUAAAGAAGUGUCAAUGUGAAUUGACAUAGAAAACUUUAUAGUUAUUAGACUACUUAUAAAACUAGUAUCUUAUGUUAUUUGUUUACAUUAAAAGAACGAAAUGUUUUUUGUCAUUUUUGUUAAAUAAACAAUCAAUAGUAUUUUAUGGUUGUGAUGUUAAUGUUAGUUUAUCAUGGGAAAGUUCAGUACUUACAGGUAUUUAGAGUUAAAAGAUGAUAGUCCAACUCCACAUAUCAAUGUGAGAAGCAGAACCAUUAAACAGCCGAGGCGUUUGAAGAAAAUAUUUAUUUUGCUUGUAAUAGCAGUAUUAUUCGUGACUUACUUCUUGGGUUUAUUUGCGGGACAAUCGCAAUGGUUGGACGGCAUAGCCAAGAGCUUAGGCUACCAGAGCGUGAACCACUAUGCGGUCAUCAUAGAUGCUGGCUCUUCCGGGUCCAGAGUGCUCGCCUACAAGUUUAGAGUGCCUUUCACAGUAUUCGGGCAAGCUAAUUUGGAUCUGGUUGAGGAAUAUUUCGAGCAGUCGAAACCUGGCCUGUCUUCCUAUGCCGAUGAUCCAGCAAAGGGCGCUGACACUAUAGUACAAUUGAUAAAGAAAGCAGAGUUCCUAAUACCGGCCGAGAAGCGGCGGACAACGCCGUUGAUAGUUCGAGCCACAGCGGGCCUGAGGCUGCUGCCCAAGGAUAAGGCACACCAGUUACUAGUCGAAGUUUCUAAGGCGAUUUCCACGUUAGGCUAUGAUGUUGGUCCCAACGGUGUGGAAAUCAUGGACGGCUCUGAUGAAGGCAUAUUCAUUUGGUACACGUUGAAUCUCUUACACAAUCUGAUGGACGGUGAGACGAUGGCAGCUUUAGAUUUAGGCGGGGGCUCCACGCAGAUCACUUACCAGUUGGGGGACGGUGAUUCCAAACUGUUCCCCGUCAGCGAUCAAUACGUGGUGCCCGCGGGAGGGAAUAAUAUCACACUUUAUACACACAGCUACCUCAAUUUAGGUUUGUUAGCGGCCCGCUACGGCGUAUUCAGUAUGGAGGCCAACAAUAAUACCACUACGGAAUUCACUUCGGUCUGCGUCGACCCCAUAGUGCAGAAGGAACCGUGGACUUAUGGCAACAAGCAGUACGUUAUCAGUGGUGCCCGUCGUCAAGGCCUCAAACGGGAAGCCGUUUACAACCUAUGCCACAACGCCGUGGUAAAGUAUUUGAAGCGUACUAUGGACUGGGAGCCGGCGCGAGCACCGCGAGGAAGCGUCGCCGCCAUGAGCUACUUCUACGACGUGGCCGCGGAUGCAGGCAUUAUAGAUGUUAUGAAAGGUGGCACGGUCUCAUUAUCACAGUACCGUACAUCUGCCGUACGGGCUUGCUCCGCCUCCAACGUGGAGCAGCCGUGGGCGUGCAUAGAUCUAGUGUACGUGCUCACUUUACUACAGGACGGGUACAAGAUGAAGGACAACGACCCGGUCUCGUUGUUCAAGAAGGUGAAUGGACAUGAGGUAUCGUGGGCGUUAGGUCUUGCCUACACUACAGUCAUGAACCGAAUCGCCGUUAUGGUUGAAGUUUAAAACAAUCCUCCAAGUAGGGAAAGGUAGGUUGGCCAUAAUUUAAAAUUGUCGUCACCAGCCUAUUAAUGUCCUCACUGUUGGGGCAUAAGCCUUCCCUACGGAUGAAAUAGUGAGAAAUUGAAAUAUUGAAUUCAAAUUUGAAUUAUUGAAUACAAAAAAUUUUGCACUCGAUUUUGUAUACACUCCGUUUUUGUAAAAUUUUGUAAACAAUUCGUACACGCAAUCUUUUUUUUCAAAAUUAGGUUUUCAAUAGUGUUUAUUUAUUUUUGGUAAGAAAUCACUUUCUAACAAAUCUAAACAUGGAAGUGAUGUAUUGCAUUAUUUGUUAGAAAUGUGUUUUCAUAAAUGAGACUAGGAAGAAAAAAAAAUGGAUAAUUCAGACCUCGAAUUUUCUACAAUAUACAUGGAACGCGUAGCUUUUUUUUACUUGUAGGGCUAAAAAGACAACAUUUUCCGAUUAUUUAUUAUUUUGAGUGGCAAUUAUAAGCACCCAGUGCUACAUUACGAAUCAAGGAAACUAUGAACUCUUAUUUGGCGAUGAAACUGGAUUUCAUCUCGAAAAAAAUAAUCAAAUAGGGUUUUUUUCGUCUAUCAGGUGAAUUAUCAAAAUGUACAUAUUGGACACGCAUCGUUUUUCUCAUAAUCAAAACAUUACAGUACCCAUAGCAC